GUGAUGCCUCGGAGAAAGCGUAUGGGGCUGUGGCUUACCUGCGUUCAGAAGGUUGCCAGGGGGACCUCCACAUUGCCUUUCUUCUAGCCCGGUCUAAAGUGGCCCCACGGAAACAGCAGUCAAUACCGAGGCUUGAGCUCUGCGCCGCCUUGAUAGGGGCACAAUUGGCGAAGUUGCUUACAACUGAGCUCACUCUGAAGUUGGACAAGGUUACCUACUGGACUGACUCCACUAUUGUCCUCCACUGGCUCCUUUCCGAUUACUGCCGGUACAAGGUCUUUGUAGGCACUCAGGUUGCGGAGAUCCAGGAGUUGACAGACCGGAAAGAAUGGCGAUACAUAAAUUCCGAGAGAAACCCUGCUGAUGACCUGACACGGGGCAAGAAGCUACAAGACCUUAUCGGCCCCAACAGAUGGCUUCAAGGUCCGAUGUUCCUAUUACAACCUCAGGAGGAGUGGCCCUCUCACCCCACCUCACGCUUUUCCGACUCUGAAGAUACAACUGAACUUAAAGGAAGAAUCUUCUGUGGGAUAACUAUCACUGUGCCAUUAACUUCAAGUGGAAAGAAAUACAACAACUGGGAGGAUUUGGUGGAGGCAGUUGCACAGGAGCUGCAUGGGGCGGCUGCCCAAGAUGAAUCCCCUCCAGCCAGUACCUACAGAGAGGCAGAGACUGUUGUCCUGAGAAGGAUACAGAUGGAUAGUUUCCCCGAGGAUUUCCAGCUGCUGAAAUCCAACAAGCCAGUUCGCUCUAACAGUCGGUUGCUGUGUCUUUCUCGGAGGACGACUGAGGCAGGUGGAAGCCCUCGACCCAGCUACUGUGCACCCUAUCGUACUCGACUCUCACCAUCCAGACACUCAGCUGCUCAUUAAGGACUAUAAUAGUCGACUCCAUCACCCAGGACCGGAGCGAGUGUUCGCUGAGCUCCGUAGGAGAGUGUGGAUUCUGAGAGGCAGGGAGGGAAUUAAGAAGCACCAAAGGGCAUGCCUCGAAUGUUGUAAGUGGCUGUCAAAGCCAGCAACACAGCAGAUGGUUGAUCUUCCCCCUCCAAGACUCCGAUUGUAUAAACCUGCAUUCUAUUCGGCAGGAAUGGACUGUUUUGGGCCCUUUGUGGUGAAAUUGGGACGCCGGACAGAAAAGAGAUGGGGCCUCCUAUUCAAGUGCCUCACCACCCGUGCUGUGCACAUAGAAGUGCUAACCUCCAUGAACAGUGACUCCUUCCUAAUGGCCCUGAGAAGGUUCAUUGGUCGACGUGGCCAGCCUGCAGAACUGUACUCUGAUCAGGGUACAAAUUUUCGAGGUGGAGAGACAGAACUCCGGGAAAGCUUCCGCCAACUCAGUCCAGACUUACAAGAGCUGUUAGCCAAGCAAAGGAUCAGUUUCCACUUCAAUCCCCCGGCCUGUCCACACUUCGGAGGUGUAUGGGAGAGGGAGAUCCGGUCAAUAAAGUCUGCCCUUCGUACAACAGUAGGCUCAGAAACAGUGUCAGAAGAAGUUCUACAGACAGUUCUGAUCGAGAUUGAAGCCAUCCUAAAUUCCAAACCUCUAGGAUAUGUCUCAGCAGAUCUGGCUGAUCCGGAUCCUGUUACCCCCAACUGCCUGCUGAUGGGGCGGCGUGACGGUUCCUUACCCCAGGUGGUGUAUCCAGAGACUGAACUCCUUACCAAGAGGAGAUGGAGGCACUCCCAGGUAUUAGCCGACAGAUUCUGGACUGCAUUUAUAAGGCACUACCUACCGGCAAUGCAGACAAGAGGAAAGUGGCAAAGACCAUCACCUGACAUUGAGCCUGGUUCCGUAGCCAUGUUAGUUGACCCCCAGGUACCUCGGUCCUUAUGGCACAUUGGAAGAGUUACAAAGGUCUUCCCAGGAGCAGAUGGCCAUGUCAGAACUGCAGAGAUACAGAUAAAAGACAGAACAUAUACUAGGCCUAUAGCUCGUCUGAUUGUGCUUCCUGAAAUCCCUGAAGAGGAUCAGCUUCCUGGAAGUGAAGACAAACAACAGAAAGCCUGACUUAGAUUCCAACAGAAAACAAAUUUACAAAUAAAUUUGGGGGCGGCAAUGUUGGAAAGGCGGGACUUAGCUCACCUGUCAAUCAUCAUCUAUGACGUAGCCGAAUGAAGCAAGAGACAAACUUGACUGAGACUGGGAGAAAUAACCUCAAUUUUUGUGUUAUUGUGUGUGUCUAUGACUGAUUGUGAGUACCCGUUCUAAUCAUUAGAUAAUCUUUAUUAAUCGUAGUAUUUGAUUACCGGUCAAGUUUGCAUUUCUCCAUUAUUAUUGAGUUAAUCAAAGUAGUGCGUUCGGCGCGUUCACGCGCUGUGUGUUCACGAUUUCAUCAUUGCAGAUUGUGAUAUCUUCACCCUGUUCCGUAUAUGUUUAUUCAUGUUACAAUGCUACUAUGUUAUUCAUGUCAAGUUUAUAUGGGAGUACUGUAUAGUGUGCUGUGUGAUCUUUAUUGCCAGUAUACGGACACUUUCGGUUUCAACGUGCCGAUUAUGUUUACAUAAAUGAUGACAGCGCCAUACUACAUAGUAUUUUUCCACUGAAAUGGAAUUUGAUGUGUAAUGUGAUUUAAUUUAUAUAACAGUCAAGACAUUUUAUGCUGAUUAUUUCUUUAUUUAUGCUUCAUUGUAGUACCACACAUCUACCCACAAAUUCUCGACCUCCCACUCAUGUACAUCUUCAGUGUUCAAUAAACCCCUUUGAUUUAAUCUGAUUGCCUUGAUCCAUUCCUGUGUUCUGAUCGACACACCAAGAGGAAGGCUAGAGACAUUAGAAUCACCUUAGAAUACAAUCCUUUUUCAACUCCUUAACAGGAGGGCUGAGGUGGAGCUGGAACGACUGAGGGCCGAGGCGGAGUCUGAGGGAAGGCGGAGUCAAUCGGAGCCGUAGGGGUGGAGGGUCGG